AAAGAAAACGUGGGAAUUUGGAGGGAAAGAAGGGAAAAUCUGAAAUAUAAAACUGGAGGGAAAACCACCGUCUACCGGCGUUUGUUUCAGUGAGGGGCAGUAUUUUCUAUCGCCCCAAACAACUGUCUCUCACUGAAGAAAAGAAUUUUGCCCUAAUUCCCUUCUUUUCCUCUUUCAAUUUUGUCUCAUUCACUUCCAUUUUUUCAAUUUCAUUUUUUUUUUCAAUUAUUCCAUCAAUUUUUUACCCUUUCUCAAUCUCCACUAUUUGAUUCUUUUAACUUUUUCAUUUUCUGCUCCAAUUUUACACCAUUUUUUUAAAAACUUUUUUCUAGGUCUAGAUUGUUUUUCGUUCAUGGAAAAUUUCUGCAGUUUGAAUAAUAAAUAUAACUGCAAUAAUAAUAAGAAGAAGCACAAGAGAAGCAUCGGAGAAGGCAGUGUUUGGCAGCGCAAGAAACGAAAACGCAUCGUCGGCAAGAAAGCUCUGGUCGAUCUGAAGCAUCUCGGCGUCCCGUUGGUCUCCGCGACUUCCGGUUCUCCUUCCGAUUCCAUCAUUCUCCAGCCGGACCGGCCGUACACAAUCGGCCGGAGCAGUAGUUGUUCCCACUUCGUCUUCGACGACCGCCGUGUGGGUCGCCGGCACUGCCAGAUUCUCUUCGACGCGCUCCUCCGCAAACUGUACAUCCUUGACGGCGCGUUGCUAUUCACAUCCGCUGGAGGGGGCGCCUCCACUCGCGGUUGUGUUCUGGUUCAGGAAUUUAGGAAGAGAUUAUUGAGGUGGGUUUGUGAGAAAAAGGAGGUGGAGGAGCGUUGCUCGAAGGUUAGAGCUUCUUUGAAUGGAGUUUUCGUUAAUGGAGUCAGGGUCAAUACCGGCAUGGCCGUGGAAUUGUCCGCCGGAGACGAGGUCUCUCUCGUAUGUGGAAAUGAAGGCCUUUGUGGAUUACCCAUUCGAAUUGGGUUCGUUAUUCGCCGGAUUGUUUUCGAGGAGGAGCUUCUAUCAGGUUCGAGACCACAGGAGUUCUUUGAUAUUGUGACCUUGUCUUCCUCGCACUCACAAGGAUCUAAGAGGGUUUUUGCUUCCAAGGUUGAUGGUUUUGCGCUCUCCGAGUCCAAAUGCGAAAAUCACAUCGCGAGAGUGAACCGUCUUCUUAGUCAGUGUAACCACAUUUUGCUCAGCGAUGAUCCUAUAUCUUGUAUCCGAGCCUGUGUUUCUCAAGUCCAAGUUAGAAAUUCGUCUUACAAGGCUCACAAACGCGUUAAUGGAUUGAAACCCAGUGAAGAGCUUGGAUUUCCAAUUCUUGAUAAAUCUCAUAUUGAUGGGAAUGUGGAGAGUAAACGGGUUGGUAAGCAUUUGUUGGGUUCAAGUUCAAACCUGCCUCAGUGGGAAAAGGAAGUGGCUUCAGUGCCAAACAUUGACUCACCAAUUUGUGUUCAUGAAGUAUCUUCGAAGACUGCUUUGGCUAAUAAUAAGAAGUUUUGUGGCAAUGUUUCUCCUUCCCCUGGGAGGAAUUUUUACUUAAAUCGUCUUGGAUUUAUGGAUGACAAGUCUUCAGGUCAUCAUUCUGUUAUUUCCUUGCCCGAACUUCUUUACCCUGUUGAGAGUAUUGCACGAAUAUUUAUUGCAACAUUUACAAGUGAUAUUUUAUGGUUUCUAUCAUCCUGUAAUAUUCCUAGCUCUCUGCCUGUAACAAUUGCUUGUCAUAACUCUGAGAGAUGUUGGAGUACAAGUCCUGAUAAAAGGUCAUCUGUGCCUUAUCCGGAUUUCCCGAACCUAAUUGCAGUGUAUCCUCCAUUCCCUGAGGACAUAGCUUUUGGUAAAGACUCCAAAAAACAAGGCAUUGCUUGUCAUCACCCGAAAUUCUUUGUUUUGCAAAGAGACAAUAGUCUCCGUGUUAUUAUUACUUCGGCAAAUUUAGUGCCAAGCCAGUGGAAUGCUGUGACAAAUACCAUCUGGUGGCAAGAUUUCCCUUGUAGAACUGCUCCUGAUUAUUUAUCCCUUUUUACUCAACUUCAUGAUGGGGAAACAGAAGAAGUUUCAAAAUCUGAUUUUGCUUCUCAGCUGGCUGGGUUUAUGGCGUCUCUUGUGACUGAUGUACCCAGUCAGGCUCAUUGGAUUACUGAGCUGACAAAGUAUGACUUUGGAGGGGCAGUGGGAUAUUUAAUUGCUUCAGUACCUGGAAUGCAUUUACAUAGAACUCCCUCAGUAGCAUUAGGAUCAUCAAGUGAGAAGUUCCUUGGAUUAGUUGAAGCAUCCGUGGUUGGUCUUAGCCAUCUCUUUCACAAAAAAGCAGAUUCAAAUGGAGCACAGCUUAAGAAACUAGCUUCUUUCCUGCUGAAAUCUUGUAUAAAUGCCAAUGUUUUACUGGAGAUUGUUUUAAUUAGAAGCAAGAAUGUGCCAGCAGAUGCAAAUGCUGUGAGCAUUCUAGUCCCUAACCCAACUGACUUACCUAAGGAAGAUUGCAUUCAACUUGGCUUUCUGCCUAGGAAGACUGCAAAGUGGGUCUCUCCACUGUGGGAUAUCGGAUUCUUCCAAUUCUCUGCUUAUAUUUGUCCUAAGGAUGCCCUUGCUGCAGCUUUAGGAGAAAGCAUCAAGAAAGUACCUCUGUCACUCCAUGUGUAUAAGGGAUCAAACUUUCAGGAUAUUUCUAAAAUUAUACAACCUGAACAUGCUACUGCAUUAUGCUCUUUGAUUGCUUCAAUUCAAAGGCCUACAGGCCUUUGGCGUUUGCAGGAGGUUUUGGGUCAAUAUAAAUGGCCUGAAUCACUUGAGUCUGAUUUCAUUUAUGGUUCAUCUUCGAUCGGAUCAUUGGUCAAUGCACCUUUCUUGGCUGCUUUUUCAGCAGCUGCAGGAAAGAGAUCAUUUCAAUUUGAAUCCGAAGAGUCUGAUCCAGGGUGGGGCUGCUGGAAUGCUUGUCAAGAAUUAAAAAGUCCAUCAAUCAGAAUUAUUUUUCCAACCAUUAAAAGAGUGAAAUAUGCUUGUGGUGGAGUCCUGCCUUCGAAGCGUAUUCUUUGCUUCUCUGAGAGAACAUGGGAAAGAUUGAGGACCAUAGACAUACUUCAUGAUGCGGUUCCUCAUCCCCAAGAAAGAGUAGGGCAUCCAAUGCAUAGCAAGCAGGUGGCACGGAGACGCUUCCAGUCUCGAACAGAUGCCUCAUCCUUUGGUUGGGUCUAUUGUGGCUCACAUAAUUUCAGUGCAGCUGCUUGGGGUCGACCAUUUGGUGAAAAAGCGAAUGAACCAGGGAAAGCCAACUCUUUGGGUUCAAGGCUUCAUGUCUGCAAUUAUGAACUUGGGAUUGUUUUCAUUUUUCCUCCAACGGAAGCAGAGGAUAGAGACUACAAAGAUAGCAUGAACUUGGAUGAUAUUGUUUUGCCAUUUGUUGUGCCUGCUCCAAAAUAUGGACCAACAGAUAGACCAGCAACAGCUCGAGCUAUGAGGGAGGCAUUAACUGAACUUAGCGAGCAAGAUAGAGAAAAACUUACAGAAGUAGAAGAGAUUCCAGAUGAAGAAGAUGAAUCGGAUGAGGCAACUGAUUUUGAUCAAGAAGAGAAGGAAGAAGAGAAGGCUUAUGCUGAGACACUUUGGAACCACAUUGACUCAUCUCAGAGUUGUUGAGUUCUUGUAUCGACUUUGAUCCAAAGAGAUUCAUGAAAGGGAAAGCAGAGACCAAUUGAGACCCAUCAGAACUGCCUUAUAUGGUUGGCUAAUGAGGAAAAGGGCAAAGACCGUUGGAGGCAUUUUGCCUAGUCUCAUGAAAAAGAAGGGUCCGAUAUAAAGUUGUUAUACGUAGUAUUGUUUAUUUGUUGGAUGAAAAAUAAGUAAGGGAAAAAAAAAAAAUGAAAUGUACAGUUUAUAGUUGGAAAGCUGUUUGAAUUUAUUUAUUUGUUUUCACAUGUCCGUGUAGAAAACCAACUGACAACAAAUUUUUCUUAGUUGUAGCUGUAGAAAUUAUUCUUCUCUAUAAAUUAUUGUCAAAUAUUAAGGAAGUUGAAUUAUGGCUUCCCCAUCUUAUUAAUAAAUAUAGACCAUGUGUUGUAUGUAA